AUGGCCAACUCACCGCGCCGUGACGAUACCACUACGGACAAGGACAUUACUGUUCCAUUCGAACGMACAGAACCUCGGCCAGACUUCAGCAAGCCACUUCCUCGUCAAAAGCUUCCCGAAUCUCUACAAGAUACUCUCGAUCAUGAGGAGAAAUUCUGGGAGACUGUAGCCGCAGGCGAUGCCGGCGAGACUACAGAUUCCAACGUAAGAUAUGCUGCGUAUGCCAGCCGUCUGCGAACGAUUAUGCUCUCAGCCCAUCGCUAUGUGGCAUACACCAGUGAUAUCGGAGAAUCGUUCCGGCCAGUCGCACAUCCCAACUGGAUUAGAGCCGCGUACGGCGUGUCAUGGGCAUACUUGAUAGGUGAUGUUUCGCAUGAAGGCUACAAAGCGUGGAAGCACAACCAGCGCGUACUGCAUCCGGAGACUGAGGAGGACAAACUGGCGGCUCUGCCGUAUGGAGGAAAGGCUGUCCCAGCAAUUGAGGAUUACAGGACUGUCAUGGCACAGAGAGCCAUUUUUCAGGGUCUGGCAAGCAUGGGUCUUCCGGCCUUUACCAUUCACUCGAUUGUGCGCUAUUCGGGUCGGGCCAUGAAGGAUGUGAAGAAUGUUAAAAUACGGACGUGGGGACCUAUCGGCCUUGGCCUGGCAGCUGUGCCGGCUCUGCCAUAUAUGUUUGAUGAGCCGGUAGAGCAUGCGACCGAGUGGGUUUUUCACAAGGUCUUCGUAGCUGCUGGUGGAGCCGGGGCCGUUGGUGCGGACAAAAUUGCGCCGGGAGCGACUCUUCCGGAGAAGAAAGUUGAGAAGGAGCUUUAG